GAGAGCCACCACCGACAGGUACAGGUCGAGUUUUGCCUAUACCCUAGUUAACCUCUAGCCCCUGGAUUCCUCGUUAGUGGGGGUAGUUGGUCUAUGAGGAUGUGAUGACAUCACUGAAGUCAGGGUUCCAAAUUCCAACUGCCCGACAUUAUUAGCAAUUAAUAGCUUGAGCUCUGAGGAUUGUCGCAGCUUACAUUUAUAUCAUUUAGUCGUUAGUUAUCGGUGCAUCAACAAGUGAUCAAUAUUCAAUAGUUUAAGAUCAGUGCCAUAGUUAACCGAAACAAGUACUUGCUCAAUAAAAACUUAAUUUAACGAUAUGGCGUUUUACAAACUACAACGACGACUUAGAGCAUUGAAACAAUUACAAUUCGAAUAUUUUGAAUAUGAACGUCAACUUAAUGACGAAUUUGAUGCAUUGGAAAGUAAAUAUCACAAAAUGCGGGAUAAAUUAUUCAGUAAACGAGGCAGUAUUAUUGCUGGGGAUUAUGAACCAGAUGACGAAGAGUGUGAUUGGGUAAAUCAUGAAGAAGACAUUUGUAAUCAAUUGAUGAUAAGUUUGAAAAUCGAUGAAGAGAGCGAUCUGACUGGUAUUCCUGACUUUUGGCUGACAGUAUUUAAAAAUGCUAAAAUACUUGAAGGAAUGGUUCACAGCUACGAUGAACCGGUACUAAAAUACCUUUAUGAUGUUAGAAUUGAAUACUUCAAAUCUCCAGAUCCACCAGGUUUUAUGUUUGAAUUUUAUUUCAAUAAAAAUGAGUAUUUUAAAAAUUCUGUAUUAACCAAAGAAUAUUAUACUAAAAAUGAAGUGAAUAAAAAUAAUUUAGCUGAUUACGGAGGAAAAGAAAUUUAUAAGAGCGUUGGUUGCGACAUUAUUUGGAAACUCGGUAAAAACGUCACCGUCAGACGAAUCAAACUUAAACAAGGAGGUAUGGAGAAAGUUAGGGUCUACUCAUUUUUUAAUUUUUUCAAACCUCCUGUCAUUCCUGAGGGUACUGAUUACGCUGAUAUCGAUGAGAAAACGAAAAAAAUUUUGAGACUUGACUUUAAAGAUGGAAAGAUUUUCAAAGACGACAUCAUACCACGUGCUGUAUUACAUUUUACGAAUGAAGUUAAAGAUAUUGUUAAUGAUGAUGAUAUUGAUUUUGAUGAAUCUGACACUGAUGAUAUUGAUCCUGAAAAUACAGUUUGAAAAACAGUACAACUAAUGCAGACCAGAGAAUCUGUUCUCUCAAUGGAAGCGAUGUUUUUUUUUUUUAAACUUUUUGUAAAAUUUAUUUCUGUAUCAAAUGGUAAUUUUGCAAACAUCAAUACUUGUAAAAUUAAUAACUAUCAUUUAUAUUAUUAAUAUUUUUGAACUGAAAUUCUUCAUCUUGUAAUAAAUAGUAAAUCAGAAAUUUUUUUAUUGGGUUUAAAUCAUAUAAAUUUGUAUGUUAAUAUUAAAUAUAAAUUUGUUUACCUGUUAAUUAUUAUUAAAAUU